AUGAAUCCCACAAGCCAGUUCCUUGGCACAACAGAAUAUGACUACGGAUAUGAUGAAAACACUGCUCCAUGUAAUGAAGGAAACAGCUUUCACAGGUUCAAAUCCAUCUUUCUGCCAAUCCUUUACUGCCUUGUGUUUGUCUUCUGCCUUCUGGGAAACUCCUUGGUCCUUUCGGUUCUCCUGACCAGGAAAAGGCUGACGACAAUGACUACAAUGCCUGACAUCUGCCUGGUGACCUUUGCAGCCUCUGAUCUCCUCUUUGUUGUGCCUCUCCCUUUCCAAGCCCACUACGCUUCAGACCAGUGGGUUUUUGGCAACGCCAUGUGCAAGAUAAUGGCUGGCAUUUAUUACACAGGUUUUUAUAGCAGUAUUUUCUUUAUAACCCUCAUGAGCAUAGACAGGUAUAUAGCAAUUGUCCAUGCUGUCUAUGCCAUGAGGAUACGGACAGCCUCUUGUGGCAUAAUUACCAGUUUAAUCCUGUGGCUGGUGGCUGCCUUGGCUUCUGUACCCAACAUCAUGUUCAACCAGCAGCUGGAAAUUGAGCAGUCUGUGCAGUGUGUCUCCGCAUACCCUCCAGGCGACAAUACCUGGAAGGUUGCUUCUCAGUUUGCAGCCAAUAUCUUAGGCCUCUUGAUUCCCCUUAGCAUCCUCAUUUGCUGCUACGCCCAGAUACUGAAAAACCUGCAAAAAUGCAAAAAUCGGAACAAGAUCAAGGCAAUCAAGAUGAUUUUCAUCAUCGUCAUUGUUUUCUUCCUCUUCUGGACUCCCUUCAACAUCGCACUGUUCCUAGACUCCCUGCAGAGCCUGCACGUCAUCAAUGACUGCAAGGCAAGCUACCAGAUAGCCCUGGCCCUGCAGCUGACAGAAACCAUCUCCUUCGUCCACUGCUGCCUGAACCCCGUGAUCUACGCCUUUGCUGGGGUGACAUUCAAGGCCCAUCUUAAAGGACUAUUUCAAUCCUGUGUCCGUGUCUUCUCCAGCCCUGUCGGAGGCGUGGGGGCUGGUCGGUUGUUUCCAAGCGCCCACCCAGCUCUCUGGCUGCUCUGA